AUGGCCGCAGGCUCUUUAGGUCCGCGAUUGGCUGGCAGGCUCACCGCAGAGCUCAUAUUGAGAAGCCCACAGUACAUGAACUGUGUGAAGGACUAUGAGAUUGAUCUCAGAGGCUCAAAAAUAAAUUCUAUAGAAAACCUAGGAGCCACACAGAAUCAAUUUGACAGCAUCGAUCUGUCAGACAACAACAUCAUCAUCUUGGAAGGAUUCCCAAAGCUCCCGCGCUUGAAAACAUUGCUUCUCAACAACAACAGAAUAACGAGGAUUGGGCGGCACCUGCAAGAGUCAAUCCCCAAUCUCACGCACCUCAUCCUCACAAACAACCGGUUGAAGCAUCUUGCGGAUCUUGAGCCUCUCUCGACUCUUCCAAAGCUACAGCAUCUCAGUCUUUUGGACAAUGAGGUCACAAAAGCGAAGCACUACAGACUGUACCUCAUCCACCAGUGCAAGCACCUCAAGGUGCUGGACUUCAGAAAGGUCAAACAAAAGGAAAGGCAGGAGGCGGAGAACCUGUUUGCCGCAGAGCCGGAUCUGGUGACGGCGAACCGCACGUUUGAACCGGGGGCCCACGCCCCAGCAGCUGACGGCUAUCAAGGCAAGCGCGCAAAGGCUCAGAGUCGUUCUUGUCACUUGCUUGCUGCGAUUGCCAAUGCGGCCACUCUGGAGGAGGUAGCACGGCUGGAGGAGGCGCUGCGCACUGGGCACAUGCCCAGCCAGCUGCUUGAGAAUGGGGUCAAUGGGGAUGCUGCCGCCAUGGAAGAGGGCUGA